GUAUCUGAUUUGGCACAAUCAACAUUCCGAAACUGCCAACCCAACACAUAAAAGGCAUUGUUGUUGGUGUCCGAGGCAUCGAGCAUCGCCAACUGCAAAAGUGACUUUAGAGCUCAUCUCACAACUGCAAAGAUGACAUUUGCUCUUCGCUUCUCAUUCCUCCUCUGUGCGAUCAGUGGACUCUUGACUGGAGCCUGGUCAUUAGAAAAGAUUACAUUCAAAGAUAAUAGCUGUCCCAAAGGCUGGACUCGGUUGGACUGUAACUGUUACAUCUACCAAAGUGAUGAGAGGACCUUUGCAGAUGGAGAGAGCGUCUGCAACAUUCUUGGUGGCAACCUUGUUUCCAUCCACAAUGACCUGGAAAAUGCAUUUGUUUUGGAGUUGGCUAGAGAGGGCGGUAAUGACGCGGAAUUCUGGAUUGGACUACAUGACAAUAUUCUGGAUGACGACUACAUCUGGACUGAUGGCUCAAUUAACGAUUUCCAGGGCUUUGAUGGGAGUCCUUCUUCUACAACUGAUAACUGUGUAGAGUACAACGAGGAUAAUGAAUUUUGGGAAAUUGAGGACUGCAUAGAAGAAAAUGCAUAUGUUUGCAUCAGAGAUGUGUUCCACUAAUCGCUCCUUACCAUCUUGUUUUCAGUCAAAAUUAAAUUGGCUAAUGCUUAAUCAUAAUUGAAAGAGAAAUUGGAAUGUCAAUGUGCAUCUUUCUGGUAAAUAAAGGGAUCUUUCUGCAUCAAAA